UUUAAAUCAAUUUAACUAACAAUCAUGGGUGAAGAGAAAGAAAGCAAAACCUAUUCAAAAAAUCUGUUAUCUUCAUUAAAAAGGCAACAGAAUGGAACUAACUAUUGUGAUUUCAUGAUAAAGGUUGGAAAAGAGGAAUUUCAUGUUCAUAGAAAUAUUCUUGCUGCAGCUUCACCUUAUUUUGAUGAAAUGUUAUCCAAUGAGACAAAAGAAAAACAGAAUGGUUACAUGGAAGUCAAUGACUUAGACCUGGAUGUGGUGAAACAGUGUGUUGAUUUAUAUACACUGGUAAAGUUGUGCUAACAAUGGAUAAAAUAGAAAACCUAAUUUUUGCUGCAGAUUUGUGGAAACUAUGCGACCUCGUCGAUACAUGCUCCGAAUAUUUGUUGGAUAAUUUGAGUGUUGAAAACUGUAUACAGUUCGCAAACUUGACUCAGGCAUAUAACCAGAAAGAUUCAAAGCAAGAUAUAAGUGAUUUUAUCAUUAGAAACUUUAAAAGCGUUAUUGAAAGGGACGAAUUUUUGACAAUAAAUAAAAAGGACUUGUGUGCCUUUAUCUCCAAAGUUUCAAAUGAAGUCUUAAAGUGGAAUGCUGCUACAAAGUGGGUGAAAGUAGAAGACCGUGAAAAAGAAUUUGUUGAUCUAUUAAGAUUAAUCAAGUUAGAGGAAUUAUCAAAUGAUUUUAUCAGAGAAAACGUUAAAACAGAGCCUCUUAUGAAUGAGUCCAUGGAAUGUAAAGAUUUACUGAUAGAUGCUAUGCUUGAAACCAGGAGUGAAAAUUUAGAGAUACAGAAAACAUUUCUGCAGGAAGUAGAAGAGUCAAAUGAAAUUGAUGAAAAUGAGGGACCCCAGCCUUACUUUGUGGUACUUCGUGAAGAAAGUCGCAUCCUUCAUAAAUUCAACUGCAGCAAAAAAGAUUGGUCACAGAUUGUGAGAAUACCAAGAUAUGUAUCUGAACAAAAACCAGACAUAUUUUCAAUAAACAACACUAUUUAUUUGCACCAUGGAAAAUAUUUGAGAAAAUUGAAUGGCAAAGAAUGGAUAAAUUUGGCAUCUAUGUUACAUGAGCCUUCCUAUUUCAGAUGUGUUACUUUCAAAGGCUUCAUAUAUGUCAUUGAAGGAUGGAAAACUUCGUCAUAUAGUCUAGAAGAAAAUACAUGGACUGAAGAUUUAGAAGGUUGUGGAUUGGGGCGAGGAUUUGCAGUAACAACAUCUGAUUCAUAUAUCUAUGCAAUGGGAGGUGAAGAAACAAGUAAACAAGCUAAAGAAUUUGAUCCCAAUUUAAAAAUAUGGGAACCAAUUGAAAGCAUGGACACCUCAAAACAUUUCUGUUCAGCAACAUGGUUUGAUGAGAAGAUCCAUGUACUUGGAGGUUAUAGGUCUUUGAACAGAUAUGGGCAUAUUGAUUCUUGGUCAUCCUCUGAAGUUUAUACCAAUUCAGUCGAUAGCUGGAGCAGCAUGUAUGAAUGGAAUCUGAAAAAAACUAACAUCAAGGCAUUUAUAAUAAAACAGGAAAUUUAUCUGAUUGGUGAUAGCAACUAUGUAACAGUUCUAUUCAUGUCAGGUGGAAAUUACAAGAUGAAAAAUAUAGAUGUUGGUGGGAAUUGCUCUCCUAUCGCAUGUCUAAUUUAUGAAUGAAUAAAACAUGAUUGGGAAAUCAUUUUGAUAGUAUUUAAAAACAAUUUAAUAUACGGUAGUAUAAAGCAGUGGUGGCCACCAGUCUUUGAUUGAGAUAGACUGAAAUCUUCAUAAUUCCUUGCAAUCAAUUAAUUAAUCUUUUUCUGACGAUUCUCGAAUCAUAAGUUCAAAAUGACCAGAAAAAAAGGCAAAUAGCUGUUUUGUAGGUUCACUCAGUAACAUCUCUGAUUUGGAGUAUUAAAUAAAUCAAGUUCUGAAAACUGACUUCAAAAAAUAGCAGGGCAAGAAAUAGCAGUACUGGCACUGUUGCAUCAGGAUCAUCUGAUUUUGAUUAGCCUGUUCGGUGCGAAAGCUCGAUAGCAAACACACUUAUAUUGGUUUAGUAAUAAGGUGCUACAUCAGGUUUUGACUUUUGUUCCAACAAAUUUAGUUAAGUAUUAUAGUACUUCUUUUUAGAACACAAAACAGUAGUGAAUACUGAUUAAAUGCAAUUAUUUCCAAGAAGUUAUCAAGAUCGUGAUUGGCAUGUUGGCCACCUCUGGUAGCCUAUACAGCAUCAAAUAUCUAUAUCUUAUAAUGUCAAAGGGCUAUCAGG